GAGAGGACUCUCCAGCGAGCCAACGACUGAGUGGAACUGUAGAGAGAGAGAGAGAGAGAGAGAGGGAGGAUGAACGUUAUAUGCUGGGAAACGACGACGACGCGAUGGUGGUGGCCUACCUGAAUUGGCGUGGAUCGCCCUGCAUUGGCCUCCGCUGGGUUCAAACCUGGACUAUGCUCCUCCUAAACGCCGUCGCGUUGGCGGCGCUCCUCGGCGUGGCCGCCGGCCAGGGCCUCAGCUCGCCGUCUGACCUCGCCGGCCUCUAUAGCCUCCGCGGUUCGCUUGGGCUUCGCGCCCGGGACUGGCCCCACCGCGCUGACCCCUGCUCCGCCUGGGCCGGGGUCCGCUGCUCCGCUGGCCGGGUCGUCUCCCUCCACCUCUCCGGUCUCCGUCGCACCCGCCUCGGCCGCCUUGAUCCCCGUUUCGCCGUCGACGGCCUGCGUAACCUCACCCGGCUCCGGGCCUUCAACGCCUCCGAGUUCGCCCUCCCCGGCCCGAUCCCGGAAUGGUUCGGCCGCCUCCUCCCGCCGUCCCUCGCCGUGCUCGACCUCCGCUACGCCGCGGUCGUCGGCCCCAUCCCGUACUCUCUUGGCGGCACAUCCGGGCUCGUUGUCCUCUCCCUAGCCGGCAACGCUAUCACCGGGAACGUCCCACCGACCUUGGGGAAGCUAGGAAACCUCUCGGUGCUCGACCUCUCCUGCAACGCGCUCACCGGCUCCAUCCCGAAGUCCAUCGUGGCAAUCGCCAACCUCUCGUAUCUCGACCUGUCCUCAAAUUUCCUCUCCGGCACGGUGCCGCUAGCUCUCGGCGCGCUUCCGGCACUGAAAAGCCUGAACUUAUUCAACAACAGCCUCACCGGGUCCAUCCCGGCACAGCUCGGUGAUCUCUCCUCUCUCAUUGCUCUCGAUCUCAGCUUCAACUCCCUCACCGGCGCACUCCCCGAUGAUUUCAGAAACCUCAGGAAGCUCCAGGUUUUGAACUUGCACAACAACUCAUUGACCGGAGGGCUGACAGAUAGCUUGUUCUCCGGCCUCUCCCGGCUUCGUUUUGUAAGACUGAGCCACAACAACUUCUCGGGUGCCUUACCGGGUUCCCUUUGGUCUCUCUCAGAGCUACAGAUUCUUGAUUUCUCCUAUAAUAAUCUCACUGGGAUGCUUCCGGACCUCACGCCGAGCAUUGCCAAUGUCAAUACCAGUAGUGUCAUCCUCAACCUGUCCAACAACAUUUACCAUGGGUCGAUCCCUUCUGGAUUUCAAAUCCUUUUCUCCAGGUCUAGAUCGGUGGAUAUUUCUGGGAAUUACUUCCAAGGCCCAUUUCUGAUGGCUACUAGGAAUAAAAAUGUGUCUUUUGGAUUGAAUUGCAUUAGUGAUGCCCUGAACCAAAGGACUCCAGAUGAUUGUGAGAGGUUCUAUACCAAGGGGGAACUACUUAAAGGUAGCGCUAUGGCUCCAAUUAAUCCUCCAGCACCUUCAAGCACUUCCGGUGAGAAGAAAGGCCAUUGGAAAUUGAUGUAUAUAGUGAUAGUGGCUUCUGGGGGGGCUUUAGGACUUGGGAUCUUAGUUACUUUAGUGUGCUGCCUGAGAAGCUGUCGACGUGAGAAAUCUGAACAAAAGGAGAUUAAUGAAGCUGCUUCCCCUUCUAAACAGCCUUCUGGGAUCUCGUUGAACCUGUCAGCUGUAGGAGAGGUUUUCAGCUAUGAGCAGCUGGCUCAGGCUACAUCGGACUUCAGUGAAUUUAACCUUAUAAAGCAUGGACGUUCAGGAGAUUUAUACCAUGGCACCUUAGAAGGUGGAGUUCGUGUGGUGGUAAAGAGGAUAGAUAUGCGAAAAUUCGGGAAGCAGGAUCUUGCAGCGGAAUUAGAUUUGUUUGCCAGGGGUUUGCAUGAGAGGUUGGUGCCAUUCCUAGGACAUUGUUUGGACAAUGCUAACGAGAAGCUCCUUGUGUAUAAAUGUGUGCCAAACAACGACUUGUCUGCUGCAUUGCAUAUGAAACCCGGGCAGGAAUACCUUGGUUUGCACCCAUUGGAUUGGAUAAAAAGAUUGAAGAUUGCAAUAGGAGUUGCUGAGGCCCUUUACUACUUGCAUCAUGAGUGUUCACCACCAAUUGUUCAUAGAGAUCUGCAAGCAAGCAGUAUUCUUCUUGAUGAUAAAUAUGAAGUGAGGCUUGGAAGUCUGAGUGAGGUAUGCGCUCAGGAAGGGGAAGGCCACAAGAAUAUCAUCACCAGGUUAUUGCGAUUGUCACAGGCACCAGAACAAGAUGUUUCUGGUCCUCCUGCAACAUGUUCAUAUGAUAUAUAUUGUUUUGGUAAGCUAUUGCUUGAGCUGGUCACUGGUAAGCUUGGCAUUAGUGGGUGGAACGAUGCUGCAACAGUUGAGUGGAUUGAACAGACUUUGCUUUACGUCAAUGUGCAUGAGAAAGAGCUUGUGGCGAAGAUUGUGGACCCGCUCCUUGUUGUAGAUGAGGACCACUUGGAGGAGAUUUGGGCAAUCACAAUCGUAGCAAAGUCAUGCCUAAAUCCAAAGCCCUCCAAACGUCCACACAUGGGAUACAUCCUGAAGGCAUUAGAAAACCCUCUGAAGGUGGUAAGGGAAGAUGACAAUUCUGGCUCUGGUAGACUGAGAGCAACAUCAUCACGAGGUUCAUGGAAUGCUGCUUUCAUGGGCAGCUGGCGGAACAGCUCCUCUGACGUUGUCUCUGUGCCUGGCCAAUCAAGGGAGAAUCAGAUGCUAAGGCGUUCUGCUACAACACUAUCUCAAGGCAGCGGAGGGGAUCGUUCAUUCUCCCACAAGAAGCCAUACAAGGAGAUCUUUCCAGAGCCUUCAGCAACACAUGAUAUCAGCGAUCGAUGAUGAAUAUAUUUUUUAUGAUUCUUCGAGUAAUAAUUCUUGGUGGGUUCCCUAUUCGAGCAUCUGCCUGUCAGAAUCCGACACAUGAGCCCUUAACACUGCCAAUGCCGAUUGAGUAGUGAUAGGAGUGAUGAUUUGUGUUGCAGAUAGUUCUUUCUCUUCUGUACUUGCUGAUGCAUUUGCAUACGCCACUCCUGGUGGAGGAAGAGGUCUCUGAAGCAGCAAGAUAGAGUGUGCAGUUCUAAUGGCAACGGUUGUCAGUCAUAGGAAUAGAUGCUGAUUUCUGAUUGUUUGCAGUUCUAUUUGGUUCAUCUUUCCCUCUCCUUAUGAACAACAAGCUGCAGCAGUUUUUCCUUGCUAUAUAUUUCCUUCUUUGGUGGUAAUUUGAGGUGAUGUACAUUGAUCGGUUUCAUGUCACAGGUAUGUUGCUUGAAACAUUCUGCAACUUUUGAUGAGCAUAUGAAGAAUAAUUCUAGACUCUA